AGCACGUUAGGAGUUCCGUGCUCACAAUGGCAGGUUACUAAUACAAAAAUAACAGGAGGAGAGAGAAUUUGAAACAAAAUAUAUCGGAUUUGUGGAGCACCGUUUUUCGGAAUGGAGCAGUCAGCGUCAAGAAGCAAGUUGAAAAAGUUGAGUGAAGACAGUUUAACAAAGCAACCAGAAGAGGUGUUUGAUGUUCUUGAGAAACUGGGUGAAGGGUCCUAUGGCAGUGUGUACAAAGCUAUACACAAGGAGUCUGGCCAGGUGGUGGCUAUUAAACAAGUCCCUGUGGAGUCUGACCUCCAGGAGAUUAUUAAAGAGAUAUCCAUCAUGCAACAAUGUGACAGCCCCUAUGUUGUGAAGUACUAUGGCAGUUAUUUUAAGAAUACUGACCUCUGGAUUGUGAUGGAGUACUGUGGCGCAGGCUCUGUGUCUGACAUCAUCAGGCUACGGAACAAAACUCUCACCGAGGACGAGAUUGCGACAAUCCUGAAAUCAACUUUGAAGGGCCUGGAGUAUCUACAUUUUAUGAGGAAAAUUCACAGAGACAUCAAAGCUGGGAAUAUCCUUCUAAACACAGAGGGUCAUGCUAAACUGGCAGAUUUUGGAGUAGCUGGACAGCUCACGGACACCAUGGCCAAACGCAACACGGUGAUCGGCACACCCUUCUGGAUGGCCCCGGAGGUCAUUCAGGAGAUUGGGUACAACUGCGUGGCAGAUAUCUGGUCCCUGGGCAUCUCCUCUAUAGAGAUGGCUGAGGGGAAGCCCCCUUAUGCUGACAUACAUCCUAUGAGGGCUAUUUUUAUGAUUCCCACGAACCCCCCACCGACCUUCCGGAAGCUUGAGCAGUGGACCGACGAGUUCACAGACUUUGUGAAGAAAUGCCUGGUGAAGAACCCAGAACAGAGGCCUACAGCCACGCAGCUGUUACAGCACUCCUUCAUCAAGCAGGCCAAGCCAGAGUCCAUUCUGCGGGACCUCAUCACCGAGGCCAUGGAAAUGAAAACCAAGCGGCACCGGGAACAGCAGAGGGAGCUGAUGGAGGAAGAGGAGGAAGAGAACUCGCAGGACGAGGAGGUGGAGGUGGACUCUCACACCAUGGUGAAGACGGGCUCGUGCGGCAGCACCACGCGGGCCUCAGGCACCAUGAGCGACGACGGCAGUGCCGUGCUGGAGUCCCACCUGGGCACCAUGGUCAUCAACAGCGAGCAGGAGGAGGAGGAGGACUGCACAAUGAGGAGAAACUCCAGCUCCCAGCAGGCUCUGCGUCCCUCAUUCAUGGACUACUUUGACAAGCAAGGCAAGCAAGUCCCCGAUGACUGUAGCCAGAACAAGCAGGAGCCAUGCCUCAUCACCAAAAAUGUAUUCCCUGACAACUGGAAGGUUCCCCAAGAUGGGGAUUUUGACUUUCUGAAGAACCUGGGCUUGGAGGAGCUGCAGAUGCGUCUGAGCGCGCUGGACCCCAUGAUGGAGCUUGAGAUGGAGGAGCUCCGGCAGCGAUACACCGCCAAGAGGCAGCCCAUCCUGGACGCCAUAGACGCCAAGAAGCGCCGGCAGCAGAACUUCUGAGAGCUUUUGGUCGGGCUCUGCCUAACCCCCCUGCAGAGGACGGUCUCGGAAAAGAGGAGGGGCCUUUUCUCAUUCGUACAUGAAGAGCCCUCCAACCUCAUCUGCAAAGUUUGACCAAUCACAAGUGUGCUUCCUUUCCCCCCUGGAGGCUGCCGCCUCCCUUCUCCCAGUGGAAAGUUCUAGAGGAAGCCAACCCUCACACACCCUGUCCCUCUCUCUCCAGAAGUUAGGUUAUGCUGUGAAGUUUUAAAUGAAAUAGAAUCAUGUUAAUAAUGAUAAUAAAUGCUGAUACAGAUAAUGUCAGUAUAACUGAAAAGCCCUGUAGAGGUAGAAGUUAAUGAGACACAUUGAAGCGCUGUUCUUUUUAUCAUCAUCAUCAUGUGUAAUUGAUUUUGCCGUCAUCGUUUAAUGGGAUUUCUGAGGCGUGAAAGUGGUCGCUCAACCCCAGGCAGUAGGCAGUGCUGCAGUGCCCAGUGAAUCCGCAUACUUUUCAGAACCACCUGUUUCCCUGGAUCAUGAGAAUGCUGUGCUUACUAUGGGCUGGUCUGCAGGGUGAUAUGUAGUUGAGCAUCACACAGCGGGGAGUCAUUUCUACAGUAUAUCCCUGAUCUAUGAUUUAAUAAUAAUUUGUUGUUUAACUGAUGCUUUUAUCCAAAGCGACUUACACUUGAAUAGACUAAGCAGGGGACAAUGUUGGGCUGUAGGGUGGGCAAAGUUUUGCAAAUUUCAGACUCUAAUGUGGGUUAUGUCCCUGAAAUAUUUACAAACCAUAUGUAACAAUUUUGCAUUUGUGGAAUCACAGCACUACUCUGAGCAUAUUGAAAUGUUAUUCUUAGGAAGUCAGUUUCUUAAGUUAGCACCUUUGGUAAGUGGGGCCAGGGCUUUUUAGAAUUGUAUUAGUUUGUUUCUUGUUUUUGAGCAUUGAUUAACUUGUACUUUGUAGUUGCUGAAAGGCAUGACCCCUACGCACUGUUUCAAAAGGUUUUCAUUAUCUGCUUAUAUUUCACGUUUUUGUUCCAUCCUGUAAUGGGUCACUUAGUCCACUGGCCAUCAUUGAUUGAUGUUUUAAAGCUUUUUGUUUGCAUUUGAUGUUAUUCCACUAAGUGCUAAUGCCUUGUGAUUCCAAACCCCCAGUCCAGCCGCCUAUCGCUAUACUGGGAAAAAAGACUCCAAUGUUAUUCAUGUGUAAAAUAGUGCCUUCAAGGAUAAUAUCUUUUAAGAGCCUUUAAAUGGUCUGCCAGGGUGUUUUUUUCUACUUCCCUAUAGACUUGUAAAAUCGAGUCUUUCACUUGAGCGAUGUGACCAACAUUUCUGUAUCAUUUAACAGAGUGCCUGUUACAUUGUCUUGAUUUUUAUACUGUUAUAUUUCAUAAUGGUCUUUAAUUUGCUUUGCGAAUUUUGUCUUUUUUGAGCAUCAGGUGAUGCUGAUUUAAACUUUUUUCAGUGGUUUUAAAUCAGUGGUUUUUAAUAAGAGAAAUAAGUACAACAGGACACAGUUGAAAGGUAGGAUGAUUCAUCUUCAUCUUCUGAAUGAUGGUAAUGCAGUUCUUCUUCUGAACAUUGUACCUAUUCUACCUGUGGAGCUGUAACGCAAACAUCAGCACCACUGAAACAGACCUGUCUCACCUUCUUCUGCAUGAAUAAAGUAUUUGGUCUGUGAACUCACAAUAUGCUCUGGCUCCAGAUCCAGAGGAUAUUGUCCAGAUAUUGUGUAAGUCCAGAGAGACAUGCUGGGUAAUAGCAUGUGAAGCACAAAUGGACUCUCGCUUUCAUUCUCCCAAGUGCAACUUACUAAAUUUCUUUACGAUUCACUUCUUGCAUGGCUCCAGUUCUGCCCUUUGGAUAAUUGUAUUAGGUUUUUAUUGUUCGCAGUUUUCCGAGAAAAUGUCGUGGGACCUUUCAUAGAGGCUUCUGUACUUAGACGAGUGAUGACGACAAAUCCUAUUGUGGUGAUAGGUCUUUAACUUAAUACCAUGCCAUUUCAUUUCACCCAUAGGAGUGGAGGAAACUUUUCCAUUCCGAGAUGAAGUUCAUUAGCUUUUUUUUGUACUGAAAGCCAUUUGGCAAGAGAAAGGGGGUAGGAUACAUGACUUCUGGCUGAAGGACUCGCCUGCGUUCAGCAGUCAUUACAAGGACAGCAGCACCAGAGGGGCACAGCAGAGACAGUACGUCAGGCUUAAUGUGUUGCCAGCAUUAUGAGUAGAGGGUUGCUAUUAACUUUCCGUCUUUGUUCGGCAGUGAACUCUCGGCCAGCUUUUUUAUGGAUACCGUGAAUUGAGGAGCUGUAACAGUGUAUUUCACACUGUUGAGGAUAAAAGCUAUUCUGGUGCAUCUCACUCCCAAAAACGUUUUAUUGUUUAUUAUGUUCCAGGGAAUACAUUGUCAUUUCUUAAUAUGAGCUAAUGACUUUGUACAGACAUGAUAGGCUUUUGAUCGGCAGUUACGGCACAGCAGUUGAUGUUGAUAAGCCUGGCUGCCUUGAUCACAUUUCUGUGCUAAUUUUUAUUUGCUAUAUGUGAACUAGCAUUGUAAAUAUUUGAAAUGGAUAUCACCUCUUACUGAAGACACCAACUUAUUUUUAGAGGUAUUUUGCUGCAAAACAAUAAAUACCUCUGCAAUAA